AUACCGACCUCAGAGCCAAUCGGUCGGAAAACGUUUUCUCUAAUCCGAACAAGGACUCGACCUUGAGGGCACCUCCGACGACAAGAACUACACAGCGUUCCUUCCUCAAUCUAUAACCAGGUGAUCUCCGGGUAAAAAUAAAUACGUUGCAAUUACGGUGGACCUCUACUGCGGAGAGGAGGCGUCGAGGAAGCCGCACGACUUGUUGGGCACACACAUUCUGCCAAGUGAUUUCGCGUUGGCACCAUGCCUGAUCCUGCAGCACGUGAGAAGGAGCAGUGUUGGAGGAGGAGGACGGGGUUGGAGAAGAAGCUGAUUUUCGGCGCCUCGGCUCUUGGUGUCUUCGCUCUUAUCCUGCUGUUGGUGUUCUACUUCCAGAAGUCGUGUGACGAGCCACAAGAAGAAUGCAACACCAAAAGCUGCGUGAAGGCAGCCGCCGAGAUUUUAGAGUUUGUGGACCUGAAGGCAGAUCCAUGCCACAACUUCUACAAGUUCGCCUGUGGCUCCUUCGUGAAGAAUGCCGUCAAAAAAGACAACCCUUCGCCAUGGGAGUCCACAAGGACCCUGUUCGAGAACGAGAUGAAAGCGCUCGUUGUAGAUCCCAUCAGUGUGAACGACACCAACACACACAUAUCGAUGAAGAAGUUCUACCGCGAAUGCAUGAACACCACCAAGAUAGAAGAUGAUGAAAAUGAGACCUUUAUGAACGCCUUGAACGAGCUUGGCGGUUGGCCUAUGAUCAAUGGUAGCGAUUGGAAAGGAUCAGAUUUCAAUUGGGCUGAAUGGUACAUUAAGGCUAAGAAGAUGGGUCUUCCUGCGCUUGGGCUGUUUCAUUUCACAAAAUUGAGUCCAGGUAUUCUACGGGUGGGUGGACCAAAUUUAGAGGUAGUGCACUAUAACUCCAAGAAAACAUUCCGCAAGCUGAUGAGAGGAAUAUCAGAAGCUUUCUCAGCAUCUGAGGACUCAGAUGAUUAUAACCAACUCUUUAAACUAGUAGAUACUUUUUAUGAUCACAGAUAUGAACUCCAUACGAUGUUCGAUGAUGAUGAUGAGCAUGAAAUUGACGAUGAUGAGGAACAAGAAGCAAAUGAUGAUGAUGAUGAUGAUGACGCAGAAGAGACUACGGAACCCAAAACUAUAGCUAAUUUAACUGAGAUAUGUCCAAACGUGCCUUGGUUACACAUUUUGAAUAACAUCUCAGGAAAUUCAUCGCAGUUUGACGAUUCAUCGAAAGUAUUUUAUAGCAAUAGUUUGAUGGAGAAAUACUGCUUGAAAUUGGACUCUUUGUUGAAGGAUGUGAAACCAGAAGUCUUCGCAAACUUCUACAUAUGGACCAUCAUCACCAAUGCACAUAAAUACAUGACGAAAGAUGUGAGAAGAGUAUAUGAAGAUAUUGAAUCAGAAGAAAGUGACCGAUUCCAAGUAUGCUACGAUUCAAUUGAUGAAAGUUUCAAGUAUGUGAAGGAAACUGUGUACAUCAGGAGGAAAACGUUUCCCAAAGUCAGAAAUGACCUUUUUGAGAUGAUUCGAAUCAUUAAGGAACUGUUCAUCGAAAGGCUGAAGAAAUGCGAUUGGAUGGACGAGACGUCAAGGGCUAAGGCUAUAAAGAAAGCGAAAGCUAUAGAACAUAUGGUUGGAGCAGACGAUUUCCUCUAUGACGUGGAGAAAUUCGAUAGAAUUUUGGGUUUCGAUAAUUUCAACUUCACCUCUGACAACAUCUUCAAGAUGUACAUGGAAUUACUCCUUAAACAAGACCAUACCUUCUUCGCAAAGCUUGAUGAGGAUGACGAAGAUGAUUGGCCAUCUUUCUUCGAUAAUGCCGUGGAAGUAAAUGCCUUCUUCCUUCCAUCUGCCAAUGCUAUGAUCAUUCCCGCACCAAUCCUAACAUCUAUCUUCUACAACUGGAAGUUCCCAGCUUUCAUGAAUUAUGGUGCCAUGGGCAGUACAGUUGGUCAUGAGUUGACUCAUGGUUUCACCCAAUCGUCACGGGAAUUUGAAGGUGAAGACUGGUGGACAAACACAACCGAGGAAAGAUAUACUAAGAAGAUAAAAUGUAUCAUUGAUGAAUAUGAGAGCAUACCUUUCAGGUAUAGGUUGAACGGGACCAUGACGUUAGAAGAAAACAUAGCAGAUUUUGUGGGUGCAGAUGUUGGAUAUGAAGCCUACAAAACAUGGGUCAAUAUACAUAGCCCUGAAAAGAAGCUAGCUGGUGUUCCACUUACUCCAGAACAGAUUUACUGGGUCCAGACAGCCACUAACUUCUGCUUUAGGAAAUUGGACGACAACUCUGUGGAUUACGAGGAGAAAGACGAACAUGGAAUACCAGCUUUUAGGGUCCAGGGGCCAGCUAGACACUCUUUACACUUCGCCGAAGCUUUCAACUGUCCCGUUGGUAGUUUUAUGAAUCCAAAGGAGAAGUGUGUUAUUCUUUGAUGGACGGCUGGUUGGAUUUGAAUGUGGAUUCUUAGAAUUGCCAUAUUUUUGUUAGAUUUCGUUUGACACUUGACAGAUACGUAUGUGAUUAUAUGUAAUGCCAUAUUGAAAUGGGAGUAAAUUUUGGAAAUUUGACCUCGAAUGAGUUGACAAAUUUUUAUUUUCUUAUUCUAGUGUAAUACAGAACUCAUUAUUUCGAAAACAUAACAAUUUUGAAUUCGUUUUGUCUGGCUAUGAUCACAAGGAAGAUUACAAUUUGUUUCAAUGUUUGUUUUACUUACAAUUGUUGCCAUUUAAUAAAAUAUUUUAUUUUAAUAA